AUGGCCCUUGACCGUAAACACGCGUCCAAUUCUCCCGAACAGGCGAGACCCUUGCGCGUCAUUGACCUUUGCACGGGCACAGGUUGCAUACCGCUUCUUCUGCACGCCUUACUUGCCCCCCAUUUCCAGCUGGAGAUAACAGGAGUGGACAUCAGCCCCAAGGCCUUGGGUCUAGCCCAGGAAAAUCUCAAGCAUAACCUGCAUCUGGGCCAAUUGGAACCCACCGCAGCAACCGACAUCCGCUUCCACCGCGCCGAUGUCCUCGGACAUGGCAGUGACAAUUCAGUACCGUCCAUUGAGUCAAUUCUCCACACCCUCCCAAAUUUUGGACCAGCAGGCACACCAGAAGAAAGUAGAUGUGAUCUAUUAAUCUCCAACCCGCCCUACAUAUCCCAAACGGAGUUCCGCAAUGGCACCACUGCGCGCAGUGUGCAGCGCUUCGAGCCCAAGCUGGCACUUGUGCCUCCAUACUCUGGCUCCGGGGUGGAAGACUGCAUGCCUGAGGAUAUAUUCUACCACCGCAUUCUCACUUUGUCAUUGAAGUUGAAGGCAAAACUCACGGUGCUGGAGUGUGGGGAUUCCAAACAGGCUAACCGGGUGGUUGCCCUUCACAAACGACUUGCUUCUACAGAAUCUGGGCAGUUCAGUGCGGAGAUCUGGCCAAGUCAAGAGCAGGAUUUGGCUGAGAAUGGAUUUCAUGUAACUGAUGGAUCGCGAGGUGUUAUCAUACAGUCUCUCCGGUAG